AUGGAUCUCUAUGUGGUCCAAGAGCUCUUUAUGUCCAGGUCAGCUCCUGAUAGUUUUGUCUCUACGCUUGAGGGACAGGCAAGGCUUGUUCCAAGAGUUGUUGAUAGCAUACUGUCUGUAGAUCCUGGGUCUCUCGUUGUAACCGAUCUUCCCUACGAUUCUGUUGAUAAGAUCGCCAAGCGAUACGCCGUUCUCCAUAAGGACGCAGUGCACACAUUUUUUGCUGCAUCUGAUGGAGGAUUUUCUGGCCAUGAGCUCUCUCUUCCCAAGACUCCAGGAUACUAUUUGUCGACCAUUCUUUGUGGUACGCGUGUCCUUGUUACUGGUUUUUCACACCAUGCACGCACAGAGGCCGCCGUUGUCUCAUCACAUGCACGACAAUUGGGUGCCGAAAUAUUGACCACCAAAACGCUUGAGGACGUCCUAUGUCAUCUUCGUGGUAACAAUCCUGUGUAUAUUCUUGUGCCUAGCUGCAGUCGAGCCUUGCAAUUUCUUGGGGCCCUGCUUGCUCAUAAAAACCACACAGGGAACCAGAGGAUUAGAUCCGCGAUCACCGAUGUUGACAUUCAGCAGCUAGCAAAGACGUUUGUUACAACUGAUUUCAUUUAUCAGCUGAUGUAUAACAGAGCCUCCCCCCAAGUCCAGUUCAGGCUUUUAGUAUCUGAAUGCUUUGUUCCCAUUUUGUAUGGUAUGCCUCUGCGCUGUAUUGGAGACGCGUCUCCCGCAUCUACCCUUGCUCUUCUUUUGGCCGGAGCAAUCUUGAUACGAUCAGAAGAGUUGCAGCCAGCGUCCUUUUACGCCGUUCAAGAAUCUCAUAGAGCCUCCGCAGCAUUUGCUCUCUCUACUUCGCAGAAAGCCUAUUUUUCUUGCGCAAGCACACUGUACCAUAUUCCUCGACUCUUCGGGCAAUACAAGGCCAGCUUAGUUGAGCACUUCUUCAAACAUCUGAGUCCCUGCGUUGAUCUGGAUAUCUCAACAAUAGAACAGUGCAAGCAUACAAUGUCUGGCAGCAUUUCAGCUGUAGGCCAAGGCGGUCUAGCUCUAAGCACACUUUCAGGGGCUGAUGGAUCAGUAGAGUCGUGCUUGACGGGGGAGUGUCACCUCCUUCAAACUUGCAGAUAUAAGCAAAUAGUAACGUAUUCGGAACAAACACUUAACGGACUCACAGCGCUGAGUUUGGCCUGCCAAUCCGUAUCAGUUCAGAUCAAAGAGAAGAGCAUUUUCAAGAGUCAACGCAGCAUCCUGAAUGACAACUUCUUGUCCAUUAAGUACGCUCAAGGAAGAUAUAGCGAGCUCAUUACUUUGCUGCAGGUGCGUCCUCUUGUCUGCACAUUCUACGUGUCUCCCAAAUUUACUCCUCUAUCUAACGCUCUUCUCACUUCGCUGAAUAAAGCCUUGAUAGAGUAUAUUCAACUAAUCGUUUAUGGAAAUUCUAUCCAGUGGCAUCUGCUUAAACAGUCCCCUCUUUUUACCGUUCUCCAGGCGAUACUUCGGUUUCCCUCGCCAGACCCUGCAGUGUACACUGGCCCUGAGAGGAAAGAUUGUCAUGAGCCACCCUUAAAACAGUCCCAGAGUGGUACAGAUAUUGAUAGUAUUUGGUGCAAACUGCAGUCUAACGAUAAGCUUCUCAAGGACCUUGUGUGCAUGCUUCUUCACUCCUCCAUAUCGUUUAUUCCUUUUUCUCUUCUUGCUACUCUGUAUCCUUUUGUCAAAGAGCGUCUAUUUGUAAUUGUCGACCCGUCUUUGCUUCUAGUGAUGGACACAUACUUAACUGAUAGUUCUUUCUACAAAGACAUCAAGUACCCACUAGAGCACGCAAUCCCUCAGAUCCUAAAGAACAUGCAGCAGUUCUAUGCUACGUUCUCCUCCGACCAGUUUUCCUAUGAAAAAGAGCCAUCUAUUACCUACACAACCGAGCUAUGCAAGGACCUUGAGGAAUGUGCUUUGAACGGCCUUCCUGCCUGUCGUUCAUAUUCAUGUGCAGACGCCAUAACAGUUGAGUCGCCAUUCAGCCCCGGUUUUCUUUCUCUCAGCCUUCAUUUUCGUAGCGUGAUCUGGCUUCAAUUGGUAAUGGAACUGCUUUAUAUGAACUUCAUCAACGCACUCUUAUCUAAAGAGGAGACUAUCCCUGCUCAGACGCCAUUUUGCUUGUUUUCUGAGCUUAGCCAGCCUUGUCCGGUUUGUAACAGCAAGCCAACGUACCCUAGCACACUUUCUCUCCUGUCCUUCCUAUGUAAUGGUAUGCAUAGCGUCCUAGAAUUUACAGGUAUCGAUUUGACCAAAGUGGCGCACGUAACAGGACACCAGUCUCCCCCUGGAUACUUACACUGGAGCCUGCUGGCAAGAGUAGAUGCACAGACAGCUAUGGAGGCGGGGGAAAUUAUAAUAGAGAGAGGUUGUGCACGUACUAAGGAGGUAAAGGAGCUCUGUGGAACCUGCCACCGGUUGAAUAGGAUAUUCCAUCCCAAUUUGAGCGCACAGUACCUCAAUACUUACAGGCAAUCCCUCUACAACCGAAUCGCCCGGACGCUCAUUACAUCCCUCUCGCUGGCUUGGUACGAUGACAAUAAGUUGUCGAUGAUCGCCAGGAGGGUAGAGGUUAGGCCGGAAAGCGUGUCAAUUCUGGAUUUCAUGUGCAAUCUGUCUAAUACGAGCAUACCAGAGAUACGGCCCAACGGAGUACACCUUCCCACCUUCCUCGCUACUUUGUUCAAGGAACGAGGAAACUAUGGAGUUGCAGAGACAAAAGGCCGGAGGGAAUAUGGAAUGAUGUACCAAGCUGCAAUGAUGGCAUACCCACCUACCCAAAGGGAGAACUCAGCCGCCGGCUUGGCUAAGGAUCCAACCCUCUUCUAUGACCUGGAGAGCACAGCAGUUGUCAGUCACAGCUCAACCUUUAUACGGACAGAGAAAACCGACCAACAUGUAUACAAUUUCACCGCUCCAGAGGAAUCAUACGACGAUCCUCGGUUCCGGAAGCGAUCCCAGCCAGGUUCCGACUAG